AUGCCUCCUGCAGCAUUCUCGACCUUUCACUCACGUACUACGGCAUUCACUGCUGCCACGAUUAACUCACCCAGUAAUAAUAACUCCCCAAUUAAAACUCCACAAAAUAGAAGAGUGAUUGAUAGUGAGCAGAGAUAUAGAGUAGUUGAUGAUAUCUGCGGGGAAUCGAACUUGUACAAAAUACUUGGUGUUGAACAAACUUGCUCUUCGGAAGAACUUAGAAGAGCUUACAUUAGUAGAUCACGAAUCUGCCAUCCAGAUAAAUUCCCGGAAUAUCCAAAAGCAACUGAAGCCUUUCAAAAAUUGGCAUAUGCAUAUGAAACACUGAAUAAACCAUCUUCGCGCCGCGCUUAUGAUAUAUCGGGAACCAGCGACCUCGGUAGCGUAAGCGGCAUGGGCGACGAAACAUUACAUGGCGUUUUAUAUCAAUUAUUCUUGGAAUUUAUGGAUGGUGACUUCGAAAUGAUCCGUGCUUUAGUCAGUGAGUAUAUGAGGACUAAUAGUAUUUUCACUGCUGAAACGACCGGGCUGGAUGUGACACCACCCGAUAAUGAAUCAUUCCUAAUAUCACGUGCACAAAUCAUUGCUUUUAUAGACGCUUUAAAUGAAGGCAAUCCUGGGCUUAACCUAGGUGAUGAUGCAAUUGAAACUUUAGAAACUGCUUUUCGAAGAAUGAGAGAGUUACUUUUAGCUGGAAAGAAGUAUGUUAAAGUUGUACAAUUUGAGCUCAUCCGCUUGUAUGAAUUACAACAACAAUUAAGAUCACUUUCAUAUUUUGACGUGUUUGGUCGUUUACGUAUAACCAUGCAAUUGGCAAAAUCAACACUGACCAUACCGAUCCUCGUUGACAAUGCAAUGAAAGAAGAAUUUGAUACGUUAGGAAAUAAAGGCAUUAAUAAAGGACUUUUAGGUGAUGGUAUGGCUAAAGUGAUCACUAGUUUAGUGGCAGUCUUGGAAAGGGGUGAACGAUACUUUUAA